AUGUCGAGUUGUCGCCACAACAGCGCAAUCAAGACAGCUGAUCCGCUCCCUCAGCUUCAACAGCAACUCCGCGUCCGCGAUAGUCGAUUCAGUAUCCUGUCUCAGCACGAAAUUGACGCUAUCUAUGCAGCUGAGUACGGUGAGCCUACCCAGCAAGACUGCAACGACUUCUUCUUGCUCUUCCUUGGUCUACACGAAGAUAUCAUGAAGUUACAACGAGAAUUGCUUGAGAUCACAGCAAGAGGCGCGGACGCUAUGACUAUAGCACCUUGUUUCUACGGCCGAUUGAACGUCAUUAUGAAAGAACGAAUCGAGACCCUUGCAAGCGGGAAGCCGCUUAGGGUUGAGGGCUAUCCUCCCACUUAUCCAGGGCCGAUGAUGUUGCGUUGGGUUCGCGAAUAUGUCAUUGCCAUGCCUUCGUUAUACGAGCGUACCGAAGGCUUGCUUGCGGCUCAAGUACAGCAGUCUUUAUUUGAAGCACCCACCACAAGUGAACGCAACACUCCACCAGCGGAUGCACCUACGAGACGCACCGUUCUGUCUAUGAGCGAAUUCCUGCACAGUGGCCCUUUAGACAUACCAGCCAGUACACCCUCAGAUGUUGGUGGCGGUGCGCCGCGCCUCUCAAGUCGCCUUAGCGACAGCCGACUGCGUUUCAUCAAGAAGGUACCAAUUGACCCCAGAAGCGAUCUUUGCUCUCCGAGAGACCGAAGAGCUGCCCUUGCUGUGUAUGACGAGGCUAUUGAGAAUAUCAAAAACGGAAAAGGACAUCAUAUCGACGUGGAGACAGAGGCCGAAGCCAAGAUUGAGACAAUACUGGGGAUAAGAAGCGCAGCUCCGUCUCACCUUGUGUUCCAGAAGAACCUUCUCUUACCCAUCGAUCCAACAUAUGCAGAACCUCGCAUAGAGGCCAGCGAUGAUACACUAGGUUAUCAUGCGUCUUGGAGAUUACAUGAAUGGCGACAAGAUGGUUGGCCAGCAUUGAUCCCAGGAAGGGCCAUUGAGAAAGAGAGGACCAUGAAAGGUGACCCUAGUACGUGGCGCGAGCGGGACUGGUCGUGA